AUGACACGAAGCUUUCGGUUGAGCCUGCCAAACCUCGCGAUGAGCUUUGUAAGUCUGUUGUUCUGCUCUUUGAGACUAGAUCCUGAAGCAUAUCAUCAGCCCACUGAGAAUGAGCGCAUUGCUCAAGUCGUGUCUGGUGAAGCAUAUAACCCGCUGAAUGCUGGUGAGGCCGAAUCGGGCUAUCCUCCUGCCGGUCCCUACGAUCCCUAUAUGCCGAGCUCGUACGUGGAUCCAAACGCUAUGUACGGAGGAUAUCAGUACAAUCCAGCCGAUUACAAUGCGUAUUACGCCGAUGGGUCUGCGAUGUAUCCGCCCUCCAUGGAUCCCAAUGCGAUGUAUCCUGGAAUGCCCGGCGCUGGCUAUUAUGGCCAACCUGUCGACCCCAACUCCAUGUAUCCUCCCCAGCCUUCCGCUUCGCCUUAUGGUCAGCCCGCCAAUGAUCCGUACGGUCAGGCAGGAGGCGAUCCCUACGCUUCGCAGUCUGCCGAUCCCUAUGGUCAACCCUCGGCGGAUCCUUAUGCUGGAAAUGCGAGUGAUCCGUAUGGCGCGGCUCCCAACGAUCCCAACUCAUUGCAUCCAUCACAGAACGCAUCGGCGUCAGGUCUGGCGGCAAAUGAUGGCGCUUCCACCUAUCCGCCUCCUCCUCCUCCUUCUUCUUCAAACAUAUCUGCGAUGCCGAAUCCAGCGGAUCCGACCAAUCCUACCAAUCCUGCCAAUCCUACCAAUCCUACAAAGCCAGUAGAUCCAGCAGAUCCAGCAGAUCCAGCGAACUCAGUGAACCCUACGAACCCUACGAACCCUGCCAACCCUGCCAACCCUACGAACCCUUCGAGUUCUCCUUAUUCGUCUCGUCCUUUGAAUCCUCCCAAUCCCAAUCCCAAUCCCAAUCCCAAUCCCAAUCCCAAUCCCAAUCCCAAUCCUUAUGCCUCCAACCCUCCGAAUUCUGGCUAUCCUCCCCAGCCAGACGCCAAUUCUGCGUACCCCGCUCCGCAGAAUCCUCCCUAUCAACAACCCGCUGAUGGGAACUCACCGUAUCCUCCAUCCGCUUCGAACGCCCCUCCUUACGCCUCGCCUCGCAACCCUCCAGCCCAGAACAUGGUGCCCCCUCCCAAUUACUCUUAUCCGCCAAUGAACAAUCCCAACAAUCUCUACCCGUCUUCUCCCUAUCAGGGCUUCCCUCCCACUCCUCCCACAAACUAUUCCAUGCCGCCUGCCGGCUAUGGAGAGCCAAUGGAAAAGCGAGAUGGCUAUGGAGCGGAUGGAACAGGCCCUUCCAAGAAUCCUCUUCCCCCGUACAACAACUCUAUGCCGUCCCCCUACCAAGGCGCUCCCUAUUCAUCUACUGGCAAUUAUCCACCAAAUCCGCCCUACAAUUAUUACCCUCCGAAUCCUGAAUAUCCUGCGGGAGGCCCCUAUUAUCCAACCAACCCCUACCGAGGUAAUGGCUAUGAUCAGCGUCGCGAAUCGGGGUGGAAUCAGCGUCCACGGAACGAAAGCAAAUGGGGUACGCGAGAGCAUCAUCGAAGCAAUUGGGACUCGAAGCGAUCGCCCUCCGCCGAUCGUCGCGAACCAAGGCACUCCAACUGGGACUCGAGGGAGGAUCGAUAUCAAGCCAAUCGCCCCGUUCGCAGCCGUAGCCGUAGCCGUAGCCGCAGCCGCAGCCGUAGCCGCAGUCGCAGUCACGCCCACUCCGUUGAUUAUCCAUUGUAUGAUGAAAGAGGAGAACAAGUGAAGUGUAGAGAGGAUAAAGAUCGCAUCUUUAUCUCUGGAUUGGAUUCGCAUGUAUCGGAAGCGGUGAUUCGCGAUCAUUUCGCUCCCUAUGGGCGAGUGAAGCAUGUGAAGCUCCCCAUCGAUCACAAAACUGGAAGACAACGAGAUAUCGCUAUGGUCACAAUGGACUCGGCCGAAAGUGUGAAUCGUGCUCUGCGAGAAGCGUCUCGAACAAUUAUGGGAAGAGAAGUUAAGCAGAUGUGUGUAGGUAGAACUCCCCUUGUCUUAAGAAUAGCGUGCUCAAACAAAGAUUUGAACAUUGUUCUGAUAACUAGUAUAUGGCAUUAUUUGCUGUUUAUUUGUUUAUUUGUUUGUUUUACUCAUUCCUUUUCCAACUUUGAAGUGAUUUUUUCGAGUAGAUUGGGAAUUUGGUAUUUCAUCAGCGGUUGA